AUGGAAAGGGGAAGGUUCAUUGGUCCCUACAGGGCUGUAGCCAAAGACUCAACUCGCCCUCUUAACAUCCGCUGUUACCAGAAGCAAACCACAGCCCGAGCGGAAGCCAUCCCACUCGAACCGCCAUCCGUGUGCAAUCACGGGAGCUUCCGUCUCCGAGGAGAUAAACUAAACGGCUGCUCUGGGGCAGUGCCUCCCAGUGAGGGGAUGCGCCGCUACUGGACACAUUUUGAUACCUACUUGCCGCUCUACUUGCAAGCUGUGCACCACCGUCAGACCCUGCACAGGGACGGCGAACCACGAUGCGUCACAAAAAUAGAAGACACCGGCAUUUGGAGGGAGGAAGGCGAGCAGCAGUUCUUCGUUGUGCCAAGGGGCUACUACGGUUACGUGGAUUGCAACUGGUACCUGGACAAUCCCAUAAAAGGCGAACGAGCAAGGCGCGCUUUGGGGCUGAGAUCCCUGAGGUGGAAACUAAAUCCAGUGGGGCCUUGCAGAUCACCUCAGGGGCCGGAAUGCUUUGUGGGGGCGAGAGGCAAAUUUGUGACUAACUCCAAGUCCACGAUGCGCCGUCAUGGCGUCGAACGGGAAGCAGGGUGGAGCACCACCAGAGGAAGCGGACAAGAGGCGGUCAUGCCUAAAAUAAAACUGGGGGUUUUCGAGGAUAGUGCAGUUGAACGGUGGUACCUCCUUUGGCGGGCUGAGUACAUUGUGGCCUUCUACAAGGGAACAUGCCACAUAAAUUUGUUUAUGUGCGCUUUGCAAUGCGUUCUAGCAAUGACGAAACGAUGCUUCGUGGAUUGUCUUUUCGUGGUGGUCGAGAAGUACGAUGUUGGCAACGUUGCCAACCUGAGUUUUUCUAGUACUCGCCUGCAGAAGUUUUUGGUGAGGAUUCUGGCUGCCUUUUGGCGGCCGCUGCUCCAGUUCGCAAUACUUUCGGCUCUUAUUGUGCCUAUGAAAUUCAUGGGAAGCCGCAGGGGGAAAGACGGUUGGAAGUUUCAGCUUCUGGCUGCCGGGCAGGCAACGACCUACAUGGCGUUCGUGUUUUUUGAGUUGCUGGAAAGAUGCUCCAACCUAGCACCAGUGCCUGUGAACACAAAAGAGGCAACUUUCAAAGGGACGGUUUUCGCGUUUCUGGUUGGCGGCCAUCUGAUUUUUCCACUGUUCAGCAUUGCCCUCACUGUGCAUCUCCGACUCAUUCCGGAGGCAAUUAUUGUCAUUAUAUCUGCUGGAUCGGCUGUGGUGACGACAGUGGUCGUGUGCGCCAAGGGCUGGGAAUUCAGGGUUGUGGCUUUCUACUUGCUAAGUCGCAACUUCUACGCUUUGUUCGCCAUAAUGCUUGUGCGGGCGUUCGAAAACGUACGGCGAAGGCUCUUUGCAGCUCAGGCACUUCCCUUCUUGAUGUACUUAUCUGCACUGGCAAACAGCGAACGAGUAGAUAAUUUUCCACAGACUGCAGAGCAGAACCAUUCUGAUUACCAGAACGCGAAGUCUUUUAUCAAAGGGCGUCAGAGGCGCCCCAGCAGCAUCUGGGAGGGAAGCGUUGUACCAAAGUUGAAUGGAUCCCCAUGGAGAUACGGUGGUGAGCAAUCUCCUGUGAAUUCCUGUCAGGCAGCUGGUUGCGAGUGGACACGCAGCAUGCCAGUAACGUGCACGAAUCCGACGGCAUCUACCCCUGAAUAUAAGGCUAUUGGUGUCCUGCAAAUGGAGUUCCGUGGUAAAUAG